AUGGUCAUCAACCAACAAACCUGUGAUCUCAUGAAAGAUAUUGCCACGUUUCCACCGUUAUCAGCACUGUUAUUAUCAUUCCUCAUCUUAUCAAUACUAAUUCUCCCAUUAAUGGGAUGGCUCAUCACUCGAAUUGCUAAAAAUCAGCUUUAUCACCUCAACACCAGGAUUUUACUGAUAAUUCAUUGUUCUGGAAUAUUUAUUCACUGCGCUGACAGACUUUUUCUCCACACAUCUGACCUUUAUAACUGGCAUGUGGCAAUGUAUGAGACUUCCUCCUGUGACAUUAUUUCCACUAGCGAACGAUGUUUUGGGCUUCGACUUUUUCUAAACAUUGGCCUAUUCAUUGCAAUUUACACAAUGCCAACUUUAGUCCUGGAAAGAUACUUGGCACUGCGCCAAGUUGCCACGUAUCAGAAGAAUCGAACCGCCUGGACUUGGCUUGUGAUGUUUCAGUUAUGCCUGUCCACCUGGUUCCUGGGAUUAAUCUACUCGCAGACCACGUUCGGAGGAACAACUGUUUAUUGUAUUGCAGCAAGGGAAGCGAUUCCAUUCAACAUGUUAUUGGCUUUUUCAAUGUCUAUUGUGGUUCAAACUGUGUCAUAUAUUGGGUUUAGAUAUUUGGUUCACAAAAAUAAAAAUCUAAAAGUGUCACUUCAAAAUCGUGGCUCAGCACUAACAAAGCGUUAUCAAGUAGAAGAAUCACUCCGAUCUCUUGAAACAAUUGCAUUUCCUAUCCAAAUGAUGUACUUUUUUGAAGUUUUCCAUUCACUGUCCUCAUUUUUAUUUCUCAAUUUUAAUGCCCAUUUAUCGAAGCCUUGGUAUUAUUUUUGGAUGGAAAUUUCUGCAUGCUUGCCGGAAUACGCUAUUGCAUUUCUCAUUGCAUUCGUGUUACAGGAGAAGAGAUUGGAGAGAAAGGGAAUAACUUCAUUAAGAAAAGAAAUGCAAGUGAAUCCGGAAAAUUAUUUCGAUCAAUAUAGAAAAUCAUGGACAACUGGACAACAUUCAUAAUUUUUCAUUGGUUUUUGAUAA